GCGUCUCGGGUCCUGUGAUCAGCUGCUGAAGCGCGCACACUUUCUGCUGUGAGCUCUCUGCUGUGUUUCAACGAUACAGUCCCGCCACCUUCAUGGACAGACAUGUCUGAAGAGGAGAACAAGGUUUCUGAUGAGCUUUUCAAAGAUGUCAAAUUCUACGUGGUGGGGGACAUUGACCAAAAGGUGGUGCAGCUGCUAAAAGCAGGAAAAGGAAAGGAGGUGUCCUACAAUGCUCUGGCCACUCACAUCAUUGCAGAGGAUGGGGACAACCCUGAGGUGGGCGAGUCAAGAGAGGUCUUUGACCUUCCAGUUGUCAAACCGUCCUGGGUGAUCCUCUCGGUCCGAUGUGGAGACCUGUUGCCAGUUACUGGCUUCUCACCAGAAUCAGGACAGAUAUUCUUUGGUGUCACAGCUUGUCUUCCCAGGCUUCCUGAUGAUCUAAGUGCUCUGUGGGCUUACAUAACCUUUUAUGGAGGAGACUGUCAGCUUAACCUAAACAAAAAGGUCACUCAUUUAGUAGUGAAGGAACCAAAAGGGGCCAAAUUUGAGUGUGCUCUGAAGCACCCCGGCAUCAAGAUUGUCACCCCCGACUGGAUCACAGAUUCUGUUAAAGAUAAAGGCAGGAAGGAUGAGACACUCUAUCACCCCAGACUCACAUAUGUGGAACCUGAUGAAGAGGAGGAGAGUGAGGCGGAGUCAUACGACCAUCAGUCCCAGUCGGAUGGAAGCUACAGCCCCCGACGAUCCCGACUGUCCAGUGGCGGCUCAUCCGGUGAGGAGUCUAGCCCCCGCAGACGACCAGGACCCAAAAGAUUGAACUCUGUCUCCCCGACCUCCCCACACAAGCCUGAGCGCCGCAGUGAACGUAUGUUUGACGAUUCUGACGACGACUCCUCCACAGAGAAGGAGGGCACCAACCUCAAUUGGACACCAGCUGAAGUGGUCACACCAGCACCUCCUAUUACAACCGGCACAGUCAGACGGCGGGUUGGGCCACCUGGCACUAAAGACCCAGUGUCAUCCACAGGCAGUGGGCUGAUCAACCUGUGUGCUACAGUGCCUCCUGUGCCUGGCAGUGGAGGUGCCAUGCCUGCAGAGGCUCGUGCUGCUGCUGCCGCCAUUGCUCACUCCACACAGCAAGGUGUGUCAGUUCCAGAGAGUAUGCCAGGGUGGAGCCCAGCUGUUAGAACGCUCCGCAACAUCACCAACAACUCUGACAUGCAGCCUGCCAAUCGACCAGCCAGUGUUCAUAUUAUCCCGAAUCUGACAGCCAAUCAGACAAAGCCAUUGGAGCAGCAGACCAAUCAGAGCCAUGCUCAGACCCCUAACAGCACCAAUACUCUUCUCUUUAAUCAAUCCAAACUGACUGGCCAGCCCCUCACAGCCGAGCAGCAGCAACAGUUACUACAACAGCAACAGUCACACCAGGCCGCUCAACAACAUCAGCAGUUACCACAGCAACCACAGCAUCCCAUGAUGCACCUUCAGCAGCAACAUCAGAUUAUUCAGCUACAACACCAACAUCAACAGCAACAGUCACAGGUUGCACAACAACAGGGAUUCCCACAAUUGCCUCUGCAGCAGCAGCAGUUUUUACAACAGCAGCAGCAAAUACACCAACAGAUGUUUUCCCAACAGCAGCAGCCGCAGCAGCAGCAGCAGCAGCAGCAGCAUGCAUUCUCUCAGCAGCAGCUGCGACCUCAGCCGCUCUUACGGCCUGGACUACAGCAGUUGCAGCAACAGCAGGUGCUGCAGCAACAGCUACAGCAGUUUCAGCAGCAACGCAUGCAGAUGUUACAGCAGCAACAGCAAAAUCAGCAGCAGAUGCAUCAACAGCAUCUACAGCAGCAGCAGCAGCAGCAUUUCCUGCAACAGCAGCAACAGAUGCAACAGAAGCAGCAGCAGCAACAUCAGCAGGCCCUGCAGCAGCAGCAACAUCAGCAGCAGACAACCAUGCUGCAGCCACAGCUCCAGCAGCCUCCUCACGUCUCCCAGCUGUUUGGACACGAGCCGGGGCAAGAAAUCCCACUGGAUGGCUUCCUCCUGGGCUGUGUGUUCGUUAUCGCUGACUACCCAGAACAGAUGGCUGACAAGCAGCUCCUCGCUACAUGGAAGAGGGUCAUUCAGGUGUGUGGCGGAUCUGUUGACACCACCCUGACCAGCCGCUGCACACAUCUGCUGUGUGAGAGCCAAGUCAGCAGCAUGUAUGUACAGGCGCUCAGAGAGGGGAAACGCUGUGUAACCGCCCACUGGCUCAACACUGUGCUGAAGAAGAAGAGGAUGGUUCCUCCUCAUCGGACGCUACAUCUGCCCUUCGCCUUCCCCCCCGGAGCCAAACCCUGUUCUCAGCACAUUAUAUCCGUGACUGGCUUUGUGGAUGCUGACAGAGAUGAUCUAAAGCUGAUGGCCUAUCUGGCUGGUGCCAGAUACACGGGAUAUCUUUGUCGCAGCAACACUGUCCUCAUCUGCAAAGAACCCAACGGGCUUAAAUAUGAGAAGGCAAAGGAGUGGAAGAUCCCGUGUGUGAAUGCCCAGUGGUUGUGUGAUAUACUGCUGGGCAACUUUGAAGCACUGAGACAAAUCCAGCACAGCAGAUACUCCAUCUACACACAUCCUGAACCGCUGGUGCCUAACCCCCAGCUGGUUCAGAACCUGCUCGCUGCUUGGAGAACACCAAUCAAAGUAUCUUCUGAAGCUUUGGCGAGCCUCAAGCUGCUACAGAAACAGAAGAUUGGUGACUCAACCAAUCCGCCUGCAAACAAGAAGGCCAGACUGGAGGAGAUACAGUCCCCAAGUAAGAAGCUUCCUCCAGAGUCCACUCCUCGGGUCAUGUUCACAGGCUUUGAGCCCAUGCAAGUACAGCAGUACACCAAGAGGUUACAUGCUUUAGGCGGUGAAGUUGCAGACAACAGCCAGAAAGUCACUCACCUGGUGGCCAGUAAGGUGACUCGCACAGUCAAGUUCCUCACUGCCAUGUCUGUGGUCAAACAUAUUGUCAGCCCAGACUGGCUGGAGGAGAGCUGGAGGAGUCAGAAGUUUGUGGAUGAGCAGAGUUACACUCUGAGGGAUGCGGAGGCAGAGGUGUUGUUUGGCUUCAGCCUGGAAGAGUCACUAAAGAGAGCCCACAGUGCACCGCUCUUUAAGGGGAAGUACUUCUACCUCACGCCAGGGAUCUGCCCGAGCCUCAGCACCAUGAAAUCCAUCCUGGAGAGUGCUGGAGGAAAGCUGCUAACCAAGCAGCCCUCGUACAGGAAGAUCAUGGAGCAUAAACAGAACAAGAACCUUCCAGAGAUCAUUUUAAUUUCCUGUGACAAUGACCUUCACCUCUGUAGAGAAUACUUCUUGAAAAACAUUGAUGUCCACAAUGCUGAGUUCAUCCUGACCGGAGUUCUCACCCAGAAGCUUGACUAUGAAUCGUAUAGGUUCACUUGAUGGCGCAGCAGUGAAGUCAUGAAGAUGAGAUGGGCCCAUGUGACCAGUCCAGCCACACCAACUUUUCUAUGUUUUUAUUUCUGUGCAUAGGUCUCCAAUGUUUUUGUAGCCUUUUGUUACCUGUUUGAGACUAAAUAAAUGGAUGUUAUUUUUGUGAAAUAUAUGUUUAAAUUAUGGAGGAUGAAACCUUUUUCCUGUUGAGGUAGAAUGUGUAAAGCUUCAGCUCCUAAAUGCUGCUUUUUGGAAUAAA